UCAGAGGGUUAAUUAAAGCCCCGCCCACGUUACCGGAGGAGCCACUACGAUUGGUGGACGUGAACGCUCGCGUCACUUUCUCCCGCCGCUCAUGUGUUUGUCGGGGCGGUGCACGCGUCCUGACGCUCAGUCUACGCUGUAGCGGCGGUUUGGAGUCGUAUAUCACAGAAAUGGGCAGAGGUUGCGGUCAGAAAAGGGGUGGUAAGGCUAAGAGAGGCGAGCUGGUACCAAUGCCAGUUUGGGACGAACACAUGGCGUAUGAGGAGCUCCUUUACUGGGACAGUCUGAUUCAUCUUGGCAGGCACCUUCACCCACAAGACUACGAUAGAUACGAAGAACUGCGCUACUGGUACGACUGUCUGUGUUACAAGGAGGACCUAAGAAUAUAUUACCAGUACCAAGCAGCUGAAGCCGCUGCCAGACAGGACCCCCAGGACGAAACUUUAGAAUCUGUCAUGCGCCCAAUCAGAAUCUUUGUGAAUGAUGACCGCCAUGUUAUGGCAAAACACUCUGCAGUAUAUCCAACACAGGAAGAACUUGAAUGUGUCCAGAACAUGGUGUCUCAUACUGAGAGAGCUCUCAAAGCGGUGUCCGACUGGCUAGAUGAGCAAGAGAAAACCAAUAACAAACAGCCGUCAACUGUGAGUGAAGAAUCUGCCCCGGAGGAAAAGGAAAGUGAGCUAAAACCUGACCAGGCAACAAGGACAUUGCGAGGGGUUAUGAGGGUAGGCCUUGUGGCCAAGGGCCUGCUCUUGAAAGGGGAUCUUGAUCUGGAAUUAGUUCUCCUCUGUAAAGAGAAACCUACCAUCUCACUCCUUAAGAAAGUAGCAGAUAAUCUGACUGUUCAGUUGAAGACUGUGACAGAAGAAAGUUAUGAGGUCAUCCAGAGCAUACGAGAAGCGGCAAUAGUCAUCAAAAGUACGAAAGAGCCUGUGCUGUCUCUCACAAUACAUUUGACUUCUCCAGUAGUUCGAGAAGAAGCAGAGAAGCAGGCUGCUGGAGAAACGCUAUCUGUCAACGAUCCUCCGGAUGUUCUGGACAGGCAGAAAUGCCUUACUGCCUUGGCGUCCCUCCGCCACGCCAAGUGGUUCCAGGCAAGGGCAAAUGGUUUGAAGUCCUGUGUCAUUGUUAUCCGUAUCCUUAGAGACUUGUGUUCAAGAGUUCCUACCUGGUCUCCAUUAAGAGGAUGGCCGCUUGAGUUACUGUGUGAAAAGGCCAUUGGAACAGGUAACAGGCCAAUGGGAGCCGGAGAAGCCCUGCGUAGAGUCCUUGAGUGCAUUGCCUCAGGAAUACUUAUGCCAGAUGGCCCUGGCAUUUCUGACCCAUGUGAAAAGGAAAUCACUGAUGCCAUUAACCACUUAGACAGACAGCAGCGAGAGGAUAUUACACAGAGUGCUCAGCAUGCAUUGCGGUUGGCUGCAUUUGGACAACUUCACAAAGUGUUGGGAAUGGAUCCUCUGCCUUCAAAAAUGCCAAGAAAGCCAAAAAGUGACACCCCAAUUGACUAUACAGUUCAAAUCCCUCCUAGUACAACUUACGCUCCCCCUGUGAAAAGACCUAUAGAAGAAGAAGAAGGUGGUGAUGACAAGAGUCCUAAUAAAAAGAAAAAGAAAUUGCAAAAAAAAGCUCCUGAAGAGAAAGCUGAACCCCCACAAGCAAUGAAUGCACUAAUGAGGUUAAAUCAGCUGAAGCCCGGUCUCCAGUACAAACUUAUUUCUCAGACGGGUCCAGUUCACGUUCCUGUUUUUACUAUGGCUGUUGAGGUUGAUGACAAAACAUUUGAAGCUUCAGGGCCCUCCAAGAAAACUGCAAAACUUCAUGUGGCUGUUAAGGUUCUGCAGGACAUGGGACUGCCGACAGGAGUAGAAGUAAAAACUGCUGAACCUGUAAAAACUGAGGAAGUUGUAAAUGAAGUGGAGAUUAAACCGUCUGUAGUAGCACCCCCUGUUUCAGAGACCAGUAGUAAUUCGAAUGUUCAGAAUUCAGACUCUGGCAAUAAUUCUGAGAAUGCUCGGCAACAGGGCCCAAUUUUGACAAAGCAUGGUAAAAAUCCAGUAAUGGAGCUAAAUGAGAAAAGGAGAGGUCUAAAAUACGAGUUAAUAUCGGAGACUGGAGGCAGUCACGACAAGCGCUUUGUCAUGGAGGUUGAAGUGGAUGGAAUGAAAUUCCAGGGUGCUGGCUCUAAUAAAAAGGUGGCCAAAGCCUAUGCUGCUCUAGCUGCUCUUGAAAAACUCUUUCCUGAUGCACCUGCAGUAGACCCAGUUAAAAAGAAAAAACCACCUCCGAUGCACAAUCCUGGUUUUGGGCUGAUGGCUGCUGGUGCUGCAGGAGAUGCUCCCGUUAACCCCAGAGGGCGAGGAAGAGGUGGACGUGGAAGAGGCAGAGGCAGGGGAUUCAAUAAUGCAGGAGGCUACAACCAAGGAGGAUAUGGCAGUUACGGUUAUGGAUCAAAUGCUAAUUCUGGUUUUAAUAACUAUAACAAUGGUGGUGGAUCUGGAGCAGCCUCGACAGGCAGUGGCAGUGGUGGUGGUGGUGGAGGAGGAGGAUACUCCUACUAUCAAAAUGAUGGUGGCUAUGGCCCUCCUCCACCAAAUCCUAAGCCUGUUGCCAAAAAGCCUUUACACCAUCAGGGGGGUGGUGGUGGUGGUAGUCUUGGAAAGCAGCCCUUCAGUGGAGGAGGGUCAGCAGGCUACCAUUCACAGAGCAAUCCAGGCCCCUACAGCCAGAGCCAGUAUUCAGGAUAUGGUCAAGGUGGCCAGGGAAAGAAGAGCUUCAACUCCAGCCAAGGAGGUGGAGGUGCAAGUGGAGGCAGCUAUUCAAACUACAGCACAGCGUACCCUAGUCAGGUGACUGGGGGGAGUGGAGGAUAUGGAAGUAACAGUUACGGGUCUGGAGGAGGAUCCUAUUCAAACUCACAAGGAGGCUUUGGUGGAGGAUCUUCUGGUUCUGGCAGCAGCUAUCAAGGCUUUGGCUCUCAGAGUUACAGCUCACAAGGUGGAAGCAGCCAAAGCUAUGGUGGCAGUCAGUCUUCAUACUCUAGCCAUCGGGGAUAUGGAGGAGGAGAACAAGGCUAUCAAUACAGAUGAAUGAGUUGAAGAAUAUUUCAUCACCCCAGAGGAUGAACGAUUCAGACGUUUACGUUUUCAUAUUUUUUCUUUUAUUUUUUUAUUUUAAUUGCUUGGCAGAUUGCGUGGACUUCUCCAUAUAAUCCCUCUGAGACUGAAGUUGUUUAUUUUAGCUUUGGAGGCAACGAGUUUGUAUAGCAUUGUUUUUGUAGUGUUGAAUCUUGUGCUUUGUAAAUUUUUUCCUUUUUUUUUUUUUUACUGACCAAAAUUAAAUAUAUACACACACUGCUUUGAAGAGGGAUUUUAAGAUUUGCAAUCUGUAGGUUUAAUCACAGAAUCAUUAAAGUGCUCAGCCAUAGUAAAUGGACUUGUUAAUGGUUACAGUGCAAAGGUGACUAUCAGCUGUGGUGGUUGACAGUUACUUGUUUGCUGUAUACUGUGGGCAUUUCAGUGCAUUCUAGGUAGAAAAUGAAGGCUUCAGGGCAUCAAAAUAGUUGAGGUAGAAAGAAGGUAAAACCACUACACUUUAUUUUUCUAUUCACCCUUUUGCUAAGCUGUGCUAACAUGUUAACUUUAAUAAAUGUGACGGCUCUUGGUGUGUGAGCUUGUGUUGAAGUCCAUUUCAGUUAGCAAGUGUAAAUGUACAAGGUUUUUAACUCUGCUGUUCACCCUAAACAUGUGCUUUUUAUAAAUUAAACUUUUCUGCCCUCUUUUUUUCAUUUCCCCUCAUUAGGAUUGGGAAGGAAUCGGAUGCUUUACCAAAUGUAACUUUAAUAAUAUUUUUUAAAAUUAGUAAUGACAAAUAACUGGACAAUAAAUUUAGAUUGAACUGAAUGGUGUUAAAUG